AUGGCGGAGCUGGUGGUCACCAUGGCGCUUCGGCCACUGGUGUCCACGCUGAUGAACAAGGCGUCCAGCUCCCUCCUGGACCAGUACGAGGUGAUGGAGGGAAUGGAGGAGCAGCACAAGAUUCUCAAGCGCAAGCUUCCCGCCAUCAUCGACGUCAUCACUGACGUUGAGGACCAGGCCAUGGCACAGAGAGAAGGUGCGAAAGCCUGGCUUCAGGAGCUCAGGACAGUCGCUUAUGGGGCAAAUGAAGUCUUCGACGAAUUCAAGUAUGAAGCCCUACGCCGUGAAGCCAAGAAGAAUGGGCACUAUAGAAAGCUCGGCUUCGAUGUAAUUAAACUCUUCCCUACUCACAACCGUGUUGCGUUCCGUUACAAAAUGGGUCGCAAGCUUUGCCUGAUUCUGCAAGCCGUUGAGGUCCUUAUAGCAGAGAUGCAGGUCUUUGGGUUCAAGUACCAACCACAGCCACCGGUGUCCAAAGAGUGGAGGCAUACAGAUUAUGUUAGCAUUGACCCACAAGAAAUUGCCAGCAGAUCCAGAUACAAAGAUAAGAAGAACAUUAUUGAUAUACUAGUUGGUGAAGCUAGCAAUGCAGAUCUAACAGUUGUUCCUGUCGUUGCAAUGGGGGGCCUUGGCAAGACCACAUUAGUGCAACUCAUAUACAAUGAUCCUGAAAUUCAGAAGCAUUUCCAGUUGCUGCUCUGGGUUUGUGUUUCUGAUACCUUUGAUGUGAACUCCAUGGCCAAGAGUAUAGUUGAAGCAUCUCCCAAUAAGAAUGUUGAUACAGACAAACCACCACUGGAUAGACUUCAAAAACUGGUCAGCGGACAGCGGUAUCUCCUUGUAUUGGAUGAUGUUUGGGACAACAAAGAGUUACGUAAGUGGGAAAGGCUGAAGGUCUGCUUGCAUGGUGGCAUGGGCAGUGCAGUCUUGACAACAACUCGUGAUAAACGAGUUGCUGAAAUUAUGGGUGCAGAUAGGGCACCCUACAAUCUCAAUGCUUUGGAGGAUCACUUCAUAAAGGAAAUUAUUGUGGAUAGAACAUUCAAUUCAGAGAAUGGAAAGCCUCCCGAGCUACUCGAGAUGGUUGGUGAGAUUGUGAAGAGAUGUUGUGGCUCUCCAUUAGCUGCAACUGCACUGGGUUCUGUACUUCGCACCAAGACCAGUGUGGAAGAAUGGAAGGCUAUAUCAUCUAGAAGCAGCAUUUGCACUUAUGAAACUGGAAUUUUGCCAAUACUGAAGCUUAGCUACAACGACUUGCCAGCACACAUGAAGCAGUGCUUUGCUUUAUGUGCUGUGUUUCCCAAGGAUUACAAGAUCAAUGUGGAGAAGCUGAUCCAAAUAUGGAUUGCAAACGGCUUUAUCCCAGAACACAAGGAAGAUAGUCUUGAAACCUUUGGAAAACAUAUUUUCGAUGAGCUGGUCUCAAGGUCAUUCUUUCUGGACAUAGAGACAAGUAAAGAUAAAUUGGAGUGUUAUUCCAUAACUACAUGCAAAAUUCAUGAUCUUAUGCAUGAUAUCGCAAUGUUUGUUAUGGAAAAGGAAUGUGUUGUUGCAACUAGGAAACCAAGUAAACUUGAGUGGCUUCUAGAUACUGCUCGGCAUUUGUUCUUGUCAUGUGAAGAAACAGAAGGUAUUUUGAAUGAUGCUCUGGAGAAAAAAUCCCCUGCCAUUCAAACACUGAUAUGUGAUAGUCCUAUUCGAAGCUCAUUGAAGCAUAUAUCAAAAUAUAGCUCUUUGCAUGCCUUGAAGCUCUGUCUGGCAACAAAAUCAUUUCUACUCAAACCAAAGUAUCUGCAUCACCUGAGGUAUCUUGAUCUCUCAGAAAGUUCUAUCGAAGCACUUCCUGAGGAUAUAAGUAUUCUAUAUAACCUGCAAGUGUUGGACCUUUCCAACUGCCAUUAUCUUGAACGACUUCCAAGGAAAAUGAAGUAUAUGACUUCCCUCCGUCACCUCUACACUCAUGGAUGUCUGGCGUUGAAGAGCAUGCCUCCAGGACUUGAAAAUCUCACUAAGCUGCAGGCUCUCACAGUUUUUGUAGCAGGAGUUCCUGGCCCUGAUUGCGCUGAUGUUGGAGAGCUGCAUGGUCUAAACAUUGGUGGUCAGCUAGAGCUAUGUCAGGUAGAGAAUGUUGAAAAAGUAGAAGCAAACGUGGCAAACCUUGGUGGUCAGCUAGAGCUGCAGCAUUUAAACCUUGGUGAUCAGCUAGAGCUACGCCGGGAAGAGAAUGUUAAAAAAGCAGAGGCAAAAGUGGCAAAUCUUGGAAACAAAAAGAAUCUCCGUGAACUGACAUUAAGAUGGACUGAGGUUGGCGAAAGCAAGGUGCUCGACAAGUUCGAACCUCAUGGUGGGCUGCAGGUUCUGAAGAUAUAUUCCUAUGGAGGAGAGUGCAUGGGUAUGCUGCAAAACAUGGUUGAGAUCCAUCUUGUUGGUUGCCAAAGAUUGCAAGUUUUGUUCAGAUCUAGUACAAUCUUCACUUUUCCAAAACUGAAGGUGCUUACACUAGAGCAUUUGUUGGGUUUUGAGAGAUGGCGGCAAAUAGAUGAGAGGCAAGAAGAACAGACAAUAUUUCCUGUGCUUGAGAAGUUGUUUAUUAGUCAUUGUGGAAAGUUGGUAGCAUUACCUGAAGCACCAAUGCUGCAAGGACCUUGUGGUAAAGGUGGUUAUACAUUGGUACGCUCAGCAUUUCCUGCCCUGAAGGUACUUAAAAUGAAAGAGUUGGAGAGCUUUCAGAGAUGGGACGCCGUCGAAGAGACUCAAGGAGAACAGAUAGGAUUUCCUUGUCUCGAGGAACUAUCAAUUCAGGACUGCCCACAGCUUAUAGAUUUACCUGAACCACCAUUGCUUCAAGAACCAUGUAAUGAAGGUGGUUAUAGAUUGGUACAUUCAGCCUUUCCUGCCCUAAAGAUUCUCAAAAUGAAAUGCUUGGAUAGUUUUCAAAGAUGGGGUGCUACCACUGAAGGUGAACAAAUAUUGUUUCCUCAGCUUGAGAAACUAUCAGUUGAGGAAUGCCCAAAGAUAAUAGAUUUACCUGAAGCACCAAUGCUCAAUUUAUUAGAAAUUGAAAAUGGCAAGCAAGAGAUGUUCCAUUUUGUAGACAGAUACUUGUCUUCAUUGACCAAACUGACAAUGAAUCUAGAAUACACAGAUACAACAUCAGAGGCUGAAUGCACUUCAAUUGUACCUGUGGACAACAAAGAGAAAUGGAGCCAGAAAUCAUCUCUUACAAUUAUGAAGCUAAGAUGGUGCAACUCAUUGUUUGGAGAAGGUGCACUAGAGCAAUGGGACUAUUUUGUACACCUUGAAAAUUUGGAAAUUGAUAGAUGCGAUGUGCUCGUCCAGUGGCCAGAGAAAGUGUUCGAAAGCUUGGUGUCCUUGAGGAGAUUGGUGAUUACAAACUGUGAAAAUAUGACUGGAUAUGCAAGAGCUCCUCUUGAGUCAUUGGCAUCCGAAAGGAGUCAGCACCCGAGAGGUCUGGAGUGUCUUUGCAUAGAAAACUGCCCAAGUUUAAUAGAGAUGUUCAACGUCCCGGCAUCUCUCAAGAAAAUGGAUAUUGAUCAGUGCAUUAAGCUUGAGUCCAUAUUCGGCAAGCAACAGGGCAUGGAAGACUUACUCCAAGGGUCUUCUUGCAGUGAGGCAAUCAUGCCUGCAGCUGUAUCAGAGUUGCCAUCCUCACCGAUGAAUCACUUUUGUCCAUGCCUAGAAGAUCUACAUUUAGUUGGAUGUGGAAGCUUACCAGCGGUUCUAAAUCUGCCUUCAUCCUUAAAGGCCAUAUUUAUUUCUGACUGCACCAGUAUUCAAGUCCUAUCAUGCCAGCCGGGUGGGCUCCAGAAACCAGAAGCCACCAGCAGAAGACCUAUCUUGCCAGAGCCACCAGCAGCUCCACCAGCAGAAGCAGCUGCUGCAAGAGAGCAUUUACUUCCUCCCCAUCUCGAAUCUCUAGUAAUAUGGGACUGUGCUGGCAUGUUGGGUGGGACUCUCUGUCUGCCUGCACCCCUCAAGAGUCUGGACAUUAUUGGCAACAGUGGGUUGACAUCGCUGGAGAGUCUAUCGGGAGAGCACCCCCCAUCGCUGGAGUUCCUUCGUCUUCGAAGAUGCAGUACCCUGGCAUCCCUGCCGAAUGAGCCGCAAGUAUACAUGUCUCUCCACUUUCUUCAAAUUACAGACUGUCCUGCUAUAAAGAAGCUCCCUAGAAGCCUGCGACAGCAGCUGGGCAGCAUCAAACGCAAACGACUAGAUGCCCAGCAUGAAGUGAUGGCACUUAAACCAAAGACAUGGAUGGAGAUACCAAGGCUAGUCCGUGAGCGCAGGAGGCAGGCCGCUCGACAAGCCAGGGAGCGCCAGCAAUCCACCAUGCAGGAGUAA